AACAUGAACACCUUCUCAAACAACGGAAACUUCGGAGCAAACAAGGUGGAUGAUUACUAUAUAGAUACUAUUGUUCAUCCUAGAAGAGAUAAUAUUGUUUGGAACCUCCCAUGUAACAUGCAACUUAAUGCUGAUGCUGGGAAGUCUUCCAAAUUUAGCUUCUAAGUAAACUUAGAAGUACUUGAAUCAUGGGAUCAUCUUACUUAUCACCAUCCUGCUUCUCUGUAUACGCUAUCUAAAAUUAGCUUUAUGGAGAGACGUGUCCCUUCUGGCUUUGAUGGGCUUAACCAAUUUUAGAGUCACCAACCUAAAAUUGUCAUAGGAACCUAGCUCAUUGGCUGUUGGUUUAAGACACCAGGGAGGAAGAUAGGCUUAAGGCUAAAAUCUCAAGUUUCUUAGAUAAAAAUUCCAAACAC